AUGGGUAUACUGGCCGAAGGACUCAUGGAUGAGGGCGAGGCAACGAUAUAUGCAUGGGCCGUCUGGAGCCAAACGGAGCCUGUCUCCCUGCCCCAGACAAGUUGUAUGAAUGCCUCCUCUGUCACGGCUGGCCCGGCGGCACGAAUCAUAUGCCUUCCACUCAACGGCGGACAACAACAGGAGCACAAAUAUGCAGCACCUUGUCUUGACCAUCCCCUGCAAUUCUCAGACAUUCCUCGCCUAGGGGCCAUCCCUCUUGCGCCCGGGGCCAAUCAGAGUCCCGGUAAGACACCGAAUGUGGCCCGGUGUGUUGUGGACGGGUCGGUGGGUAUCGGAUGCUGCAUGGCCUCGACGGCUCUCGCAGGAAUGGUACAUUGCCUGCUGGCGACUUCCGUCUCGAAAGGAAUGCAUAAUGGACAGAAAGGGUUUGACUUUGGGUCUCUGCAUUACUCGGUUUUGCUCAGGAAAGCAGCGAACGCGCUCUGGGAACAUCGCGUUGGUGUGUCGUUUACAACAAGCGAGGAGUCUGCCGGCUUGGCCUCCUUGGAUCGAGAGAUCUUCAAAAUUGCUCUUUCCGGCCACCUGCUCGAGUAUACCGAAAGGGAAAACAAGAUUUUCUGCAGCGUCAAUAAAUCUGCGCAGGGGACGAAGAAGCAAGGAAAAGGGCACCGUCAUGCGGGGAAGCCGACCAGAAGAGCCUCAACAACGUCCCUGCAUUCACAGGCUUCUUCCUCAGCCUGGCAAUCGCUUGACUACCUUAGUAGCCGAGAGGGUCCUAGUGAAAAAGCAAGGCGGGAAAAGAUUUGGUGUGGGAACCAGACCUCUGGAAUGUGUCGACCUCCUCGUUGUCUCGCUUCCACGGUGACAACCAACUUCUCUCUGAACCGAUGGCGCCACAAUGAGCCUAGAGGUCCUUCUCUGCCUGCGUUUGCUGCAGCAAACUUGGCAAGCAAUCCAGCUAAAAGAUCUCACGAGAACUUGACGUAA